ACAUUUGACAUUUCGCUCUACAAAAGUAAAAUUAUUUUGUUUAUCAACGUUUACGCCGCCGAUUUGUCUUCAUUUACAACACUAAAAUAAAAAUAAUUAAAUAAAACAAUGGCCAAGCAUCAUCCAGAUUUGAUUUUUUGCAGAAAACAACCUGGAGUUGCUAUUGGACGCCUCUGUGAGAAAUGCGAUGGCAAAUGUGUUAUUUGUGAUUCCUACGUCCGACCAUGUACUCUGGUCCGAAUAUGUGAUGAAUGCAAUUAUGGAUCUUAUCAAGGAAGAUGUGUUAUUUGUGGAGGACCUGGAGUAUCAGAUGCUUACUAUUGCAAAGAGUGUACAAUUCAAGAAAAAGAUCGUGAUGGAUGUCCAAAAAUUGUCAAUUUGGGAAGUUCAAAAACCGAUCUUUUCUACGAGAGGAAAAAGUAUGGUUUCAAACAGAGUUACUAACAUUAGGAUUUCACUUGGACUGUCACUUCUUUAUAGUUUUCUAAUUUAAUAUAAAAUAAAAAUACACUGUAAUUUCAUUCUUUUCUGAUUUCUAGAUAAAAUUGUUCUUUUUAAUUGAUAAGAAUUUUA